AUGCCUUCAAGAACAAGUGACACGCCGGAUGAGUGGUCCGACUCGGUGGAUAUCAUCUCACGCUUCCUAGCUUUACAGCAGAUUUACAGCGCCAAGGAACUCGACUCAUAUCUCCAGUCGCUGCGACACAUCGGAGAGGAGGAAUCAGACUCUGAAAAUCAAUCAACUGAUGUCAUCAUUCUUUGCGCAUCAGCGAUCCUGGCUAUUCCUGAAGCUGUCUUCGAGUGGGCGGUGCAGCAGCAGAGGGAAUACGAGGAAAGACAAAGAGACACAGUACUUGUGUUAUGUGGCGGCAUUGGACCUUGCACACUAUUCGUUUACGAUGCUAUCAGAGCAAGCAAGAAGUAUUGCACAAUAUUUGACACGAUAAAUGGGAAGCCUGAAGGCGAAGUGUUGAAAAUCAUGGCGGAACAAUUCUACAAACUCAAGAUCAACCAAACAGGGAGUCAAGAUCACGGAUUUCGAAUCCUGGUCUCCGACCUCUCAAAUAACUGCGGAGCAGAUGCAUCAGAGGCCAAGGCGGUUUUGGAAGAGAACGGAAUUUGCUCUCCGCGGUCUAUGGUCGUUGUGCAGGACCCAGCCAUGAGCAGCCGGACAAUAACUUCAUUUGAAAAAGUCUACGAGAAUGAUGCGGUUCAUAUUUCUUGCUGGCCACGGCUUAAGCAAACAAGAGAAGCUCAACAAGAAAAGGCGCAACCCGAGAAAGAUUUCCGGAGAGAACUUUGGUCUAUGGAUCGCUUUCUGGACCGGAUCAUCGGCGAGCAAGGUGGAGUUAUCAGAGCGAAGUCACCUAUUGGCAUUCCGAACGAGGUGGAAAAUGCGUGGUCUGCGAUAAUGGAUGAAAGCGGCUCAAAAUUCUUUUCAUAG